AAUGAGCGGAUUGAAAAAAGAAAAAAUCCCAAAAAUUGAGGAGAAUGAGGAAGAGAUAAUUGAAGUAGAGUUAGAAAAUGACACUGAAAUAAUCAACAAAGCAAAAUCCACUACUUCGAAAAUAAACAACGGAAAAAUCGAGAAAAAUAAUAAUAAGCUAAAUCCGCGCGUACUGUGGAAAAUUAUGCGCAUGAAGGAUACACCAAGGAUUGAAAUAAGAGUUUGCAAAAAAUGUGCAAAUGCACUUUACAAUGAUAAGAAUAAAUUCACACAGAAGGAGAACGGAAAUAUUGGAAUAUGUUUUGAAAUUUGUGAAAGCUGCGCGAAAUUAAAUAUGCAAUUCAAAGAUUUUGUUGCUGACUGGGAUGAGAAGAAUAUAGAAAAGUUGAAAAAAUGA